AUGGAUCAUAACCAAGGAUAUAAUACUUUGGCAAGGGGUCAUCAAUCAUCAUUUGGUAAUCCAUCAAUUGUGCACUUUGCGUUCGUUAGAGAGAGAGAGAAAGAGAGAGAGCAGAGCAGAGCAGAGCAGAGGGGGACCUGGAGUGUUAGGGCACUUGUAUGCUUAGUCACCAAGAAAUUGCACAAAUUUGCUCCAAAAGCCAUAGUUGAAUUGAUGAAAAGAAGCAUCCACAUGAAUUUAUGUUCCAUUCCAAGCGAAACAAGGAAAUCCCAUACAUUGGGCUCCAUUACAAUAGCAGCAGGUAGCAAAACUAUAACUGCAAUCGGGGCCAUAUACAGCAUCAAAUUCAUGGAGUUCAACUUUUCCCUACAAAAAAAAGGGGGCAUUAAGUAUAACCCAAUAGUCAACCAAACUUAA